GCAGAUAGGUCAUUUUAUUUUACGCUCUUGUCAUUGAUUUUUUACGUACCUCUUACCUGUAGCACCUACAUAUAGCCAAUUCCAACUGUUCAAUCACCCUUAGUUUCCUGUUAUUAAUUCAUCAUUUUUGCUUGAUUUUCUAAUUGUUUUACUUAUUUUGACUAUUUACAUUACCCUGUGGCUUUUAAAAGGAUUUAUCUUAUUAGAUUACUUGAAAGCUCAAAGAAAACACGAACAUCGUGAUUUUUUUGUGUUUUUUAGAGAGGAUACUUGAAUUAGAUGUCUCAAGACGUCUUCAAGCAUAUAACCAGAAAACAGGUUCAGCGUUCUCGAUCCAGGUCCUUUAGCGGUCGCUCUGAGCGGUCACCAAGUUCCUCAUUUCCAAAAAAAGAAAAUGGCUUAACGUCGACUACCAGGUCAAGACUUUUGGCCUUCUCUAGCUCCUCUCGGUAUUCAUUCUCGUAUAGUCCUUUGAUAAUUCGUGACGGGGUCAAUGGGUAUCUCCCGCUAGACGCCAAUGCCUCAAAUACUUGGGAGUCACUCCCUGAGACAGAGUUGCGACGGACUGGGGAAGAACUUUUUGGAAAUUACACAAUAAGCACAGCGGCCUUAGGUGAUGAAAAAGACAGAUCUCCCUUUACGACUCGCCCAAAGAAGCGACGAUCUCUGGGUGAUAUAUACUAUGUCCCUGUUCCUGGCAAACAGCAUACAUCAUCAGCCAUAGAUGGACCUCUACAAGCGAUUGCUACAACAAAUGAUACGACGUUUAGUAUUUGGUCUGCAAAUGAUUACUUUUGUUUGCUGUUUGGCUUAACAGGCUCGAAGUUAAAUCGGCAUAAUGUAUUUGACAUAUUUCCAAAAGCGUUCGCUUCAUAUCUAUCUUCCUUAAUGAUUUCCUUUCCGAUAGAUAACGAACAUGAGCGCGUCUUAUUUUGCGGUGACGUUUUUCCUGUUAAAACUGUAGACGGGAUACGCGUUAUGGACUUUUGGGUUAAAGAGAAGGCAGGCAAAUUAAUAUGGAUUCUCGAGUUCGUUGAAGAGUCGUAUAUCGAUUUUCAACUCUCCAGUGAUGAUCGCGUUAUUGAUUUAAAAACUGGUGAGCCGCUCGUCUUGGAUUUCCUGCCUUCCCAAUUGCCAAGAUCUUGGGAUGAACGUUUAUAUUUGGCUACUCGUAUGUCAACAGGAUUGAUAUGCCCAAGCAUGGUUUAUCCCCUUUCAGGAAAUACAUAUCAAUAUACCAUAUUUCAUUAUGCGGCUGGUCUGCUUUUUCUAAAUAAGGGUCGAAAAAUUGUUUCUCUAAAUGAAGCCGUUUUUGAAUCCAUGCUUGGAUUUAGUGACUUACUAACACGUGAUAUUUCAUUAAUAUUCCCUGACUUUAACAAAAUCUUAGACUUACUGCUGGACAGCCAUUUCCUAGAUCCUGGCAGAGUCGUUUCAGAGCUUCAUGUUAGGCACGCAUACUAUCGCAUUAAGUCCUACAAUGCUGAUAUUGGUGAUCGUCCUGAGUUGGUACACGCUGAUGGCCAUCGCAUUAAGGUGGAUUGUCAAAUUAUAUCUGUGUCUCCUAUUUCUGAUUACCCUAGCGAGCCAGCAUUCGGUGUGUGGCUUAUUUUUGACUCUGUUGAUAAUCGUGCUUCUAAUUAUAUCAGUUCAAAACGCUCAGCUAAAUUACUGGAGGAAGCUGUUAAGUCGGAUCAGACAAAUGACUUGGAAGGACCCGAGCAGGCAGGAGAUAAGUCUUCUCCUGAAAUGGAAGGGACAUGGGAAAAUGUUCCACAAAAAAUCUCAAUGUAUAAUACUGUGAAGGAAUUAGGAAUUGGAGCGUACGGACAAGUAAAGCUGGUUAGCUAUAAAUGUCAAAAAGUGCAUGAAGUAAUUUUAAAAUCUAUUAAUAAGUCCCGGAUAUUGUUAGAUUCAUGGAUGCGAGAUAAAGAGCUUGGGACUGUGCCAAUGGAAAUAAGCAUUUUAAAUUUCCUUAAAUAUAACCCACAUCCAAAUAUUGUGAAGAUGAUAUCUUUUUUUGAGGAUAACGAUAAUUAUUACCUAUUAACGGAACCACAAAUUCCAGGAAUUGAUCUAUUUGAUUAUAUUGAAGUAAGGUCUUCAAUAUCGGAGGUUGAAUGUAAGGCCAUUUUUUACCAAAUCGUUUUAGCUAUUAGCCAUUUGCAUGCAUUUGAUAUAGUUCAUAGGGAUAUCAAAGACGAAAAUAUAAUUCUGGAGCAAUCAGGAGUUGCCAGAUUAAUUGAUUUUGGGAGCUCAAGUCUCACUCGAAAAGGACCCUUUGACACUUUUCGGGGAACAGUGGGUUUUGCUGCCCCCGAAUUGUUAAAAGGGGAAAGGUAUUUGGGUAAAGAACAGGAUGUUUGGGCUUUGGGUAUUUUACUUUAUACAAUUGUUUACCGCGAAAACCCGUAUUACAAUAUUGAGGAAAUAUUGGAUGGGGAUUUGAGGAUUCCUUUCGAGGUGUCCAAGGAAUCUGUUGAUCUUAUUUAUCGAAUGCUUGACCGAAAUGUUCAAGCCCGUAUAACUAUUGAAGAGGCAAUACAGCAUUGUUGGUUUGAUGAUGUUAGAACACUCGAUCUCUCUCAUAUACCUGUACCUUUAACUCUUUAAAACUUAUCUAUUGUUGUUAUAAAUAUAAUGUAUUAAAUACUACUAUGAACCCAUUAAUAAAACUGUUUUAUGAUCAAAAG